GCCCGACGAAGGGCUAAAGCUGCUAAAUCUCCCUGCUGAUUAAAUCACACACACAUCACACACAUGCACAUAUCAGGUGUCGUGGCUUUCCAGAUUUUUGACCUCUUGUCCGUUUCACGCUUCCGCUAACUUGUGCGUGGUUGCCUUCAAUGUUCUCGGCUGACAUUUAAAUGUUGAUGUGCCCGUGCCGUCGGUGCUUGCCUUUUAGAAAAGGAAAAGCAAAUCUCAUUCUCCAGAAGAAGUCGUCUUUUUCAUCCUGUUGGACCAUCUAAACAAGUGGCACUGGCAUGAAAGUAAGAGGACAAAUUCUCAUUUUUUAGUCUCUUCUGGAAUGUGAAUUUUCUUCACUGAGCCACAUGGAUGUGUUCUUAUUCAAAAGUAAUUCAAUGUAAUUGUUGGUGCGUUGUGUGUUUGCAGCUCGCCAGUUCGGGUAAGAGUGGCGAGGGAGGAGCUUUGUCUGUCCGAUUGUGUUCCGUCGCUCUCUGCACUCGUUCACAUCUCCACCCAAACACUUGUUAGCGCUCAUCAUUUUGAAUGUCCGUCUCACUUGGGAGUUUUUUCUGCACUCAGAUGAAGGUGGAGGAGCAACAGGACGAUGGGGAAACCUCAUCGAAGCACUGCAUAUCGCGGCUGCUGACCGCAGUGGAGGAUGAGCUUCAGGCCGGACGGGAGAAGGGUGACCCCACAGAAAGUAGGCUACAGGUCACACUGGAGGACGCCGAGCUGUGGAGGAAGUUCCAGCACAUCACCAACGAAAUGAUAGUCACCAAAAGCGGCCGACGCAUGUUUCCUGUCCUGAAGGUCAGCGUGUCAGGUCUGGACCCGGGUUCAAUGUAUUCCUUCCUGCUCGACUUCAUCCCGACCGACAGCUACCGCUGGAAGUUUGCCAGCGGAGAGUGGCUGGCGGCCGCCGAGGCAGAGGGACGCAGCGAGGGGCAGGACCAUGGUGGAAUCUACAUCCACCCGGACUCACCCAACUUUGGAGCUCAUUGGAUGAAGGCAGCGGUGACCUUUAACAAGGUCAAACUAAACAACAAACACAAGACAGAAGGACAGAUCAUGUUAAACUCGCUUCAUAAAUACGAGCCUCAUCUGUACAUUGUGUGUGUUGGCUUGCAACGUCGUCUAGUUACCGACGUUUCCUUCAAAGAGACUCAGUUCAUCGCGGUCACCGCCUACCAGAACGAAGAGAUCACAGCUCUGAAGAUCAAACAUAAUCCUUUUGCCAAAGCAUUCCUGGACAUCAAAGACAGGAACCCAGGUGGGCGGGGCUUGGCAGAGCCAAGGGAGGGUGAUGUUGGAAUUCCAACGUGUGAGUUUCUAAUUUCAGCGUGAAAGUGUGCACAAAACAAUAUUGGAGAGCACGACUGAUAUAUUUUUAGUCUGUUUAAUUGUGUCCUAUCAAAUUCUCUAUGUUAUACUGCAUUUUAUUUAUUCAAUCCUGGUCGACUGAUGAAUUUUUGAGGCUUGAUAUUUGACACACAGAAACAUAGACUGGCCCAUCACAGCACAAACAAAAGUACAACACUUUUCGAGCAGUUCUCGUUUCAACAUAUGACAUAUUUUACAGUUUGACAUUUCGUACAUUGUUUUUCUUGUUUCAGAGGCAAUUAUAGCUAAGCCGUGUGCUUGGGGCACAUGAACAGGUUCCAGGUUAUUUUGAGAUUUGGGGCAGGCAAUCGUCGAUUGUUCCUUUUUACAGUAA